CACCACCUCCAAAACAGGCUGCAUAAUUCCUUCAAAGCGGUAUAAAGCAAGGAUGUUAAUUCCCACUCAUUUAGUCCCUGUUCCUUGUUUCUAUUCUAGUUCUCAUUACCUCUUUCUAACCUCACGAUGUCUCUCGUCAAGAGUGUUGUUCUGAUUACUGGUGCUGCUGGCUGGCUCGGUGGACUGAUCACUCAUGCUCUUAUUGAAGACUCAAAAACCCCAAACGUUCACCUCAUUCUUGCCGAUAUCGUCGAACCCAAGGAACCUGCAGGUUCCAAGGCCAUCACCUUUAAGGUAGACCUUACUGAACCUGCGGAGAUCGACAAACUGUUCAACACGGAGUUUGGUGUUCCAGACACUAUCUACUGUCUACACGGCAUCCUGUCCCGUGGUUCAGAGGACGACUUUGACCGCGGUUUGAAGGUCAACAUCGAUUCUAUUCGUGCGAUGCUUCAGGCUGCAAGGAAGUAUGGUGCGAACAACCCUGUUCCCAUCAAGUUUAUCUUUACUUCAUCUCUCGCUGUUUACGGUGGAUCUCUUCCUGAAGUGGUCAAGCCCGACACUAUUGCUACUCCUGAAGGCGCAUACGGAUUCGGCAAACUCAGUUCUGAACUUCUCGUGAACGAGUUUUCUCGUCGAGGUUUCAUCGACGGGCGUAUCAUCCGCCUGCCCACCGUUGCCGUGCGACCCAAGGCCCCUUCUGCUGCCACCUCGACCUUCAUUUCCGGAAUCAUUCGUGAACCUCUCAAGGGUAUUGAGGCCGUCUGCCCCAUUGGCGAUUCGUUUGACUCACCCGAACUCGACCUCGCACUCUGGAUUGCCAGUCCCGAAGUCACCAUCAAAAACUUUGUCAUUGCUAAGCACGUCUCAGCCGACAAGUUCCUCAAACACACUCGCGUCGUCUGUCUACCUGGUUUCACCACCACGGUCCGGGAGGAACUUGAAGUGUUGAAGAAGGUUGGAGGAAAGCAGGCGUUGAAUCUCGUCAAGUUUAAGGAUGACCCCACCAACCGCAGGAUUGUAUCUUCAUGGCCAGCCCGGUUUGACAACACCUAUCCUUUGAGUCUCGGCUUCGUUGUCGACGAGGGCGGAAUGGCUCCCCUGGUUGAACAGUUCAAGAAAGACGUUGCCGCCGGAAUUGCAUAGCCAGCUUUGUGCAAUGUAUAAGUAGCCAGGAUAACUUAUGCUCACUUGUUUUGCACAACCCGGUCCUAAUGCC